UUAUGGUCAAAAGUGGCUCCAUGGUGGGUCCCGAAUCCACAGCGACCGUUGUUGCUUCCCUCCUACAAAUUCCCCAUGGUUUCUCAUGGAGUUCUAUCAUUGAGGGGCUCAAGUUUUAUCCUAGGAGUUGCAGAGCAUCAGGUUUUGUGAAUGCUCAUUGUAGGGAAGUUUUGAAGGUAAAGAAAGUAUAGGCUCUAGUUCUUUCCUAGGAGUUGCAGAGCAUCCAGUUUUGUGAAGCUCAUUGUAGGGAAGUUUUGAAGGUGAGGAAAGUAAGGGUCGAUAGAUAUAUAGAAUUUUUAACGUUCACGAAGUUAAACAUAGAUUUUUUGAUGGGUGGGAAUGAGGAAGAAUGCGAUACGAUCUUAAGUGUAGGAUUGAGAAAUGGUAGAAGGGAUGGUACUUCGACUCCUGUUCAGUUAGAUCUGCUCCCUUUGGCUCCUCUUCCUCGCCAUUCUUCUUCUCUUCCAGAGAUUUCUCCAUGGAUGAAGAGUUCAUCAGAUGGGCAGAAAAACAUUGAUGUUAAUAAAUUGCCUCCUGGAAACUGCUAUUCUAGUCAGCAUGAGGAGACCCAUAAUAGUAAUAGGGCGUCCUCUGCAAAUAGUAGUGUUUCGUCCUUUCAUGUGGAUUUUAAUGUGAUCGAUCAAGAAGCCAGUUAUGGCAUUCGAACCAAGCGAGAGCGUUAUGGUGUUGCAGAAGAUUUUGAGGCUGAGAAAUCGUAUUGUAGAGUUAGUGAUGAAGAAGAAGAGGGCUGUGGUACAAGGAAGAAGCUGAGAUUGUCAAAACAGCAAUCUGCUAUUUUGGAAGAUAGCUUCAAACAGAAUAGCACUCUCAAUCCUAAACAAAAGCAAGCCUUGGGGAAGCAGCUGAAUCUUCGCCCUCGACAGGUUGAAGUCUGGUUCCAAAAUAGAAGGGCAAGAAGCAAGCUCAAGCAAACAGAAGUGGACUGCGAAUUCCUAAGGAAGUGCUAUGAGUCAUUAACAGACGAGAACAGAAGACUGCAGGAAGAGUUAGCACAACUGAGAUCUGCAAAACUUGCAGCAGCUUCAUCUCCCUUGUACGUGCCAAUGCCUGCAGCAACUCUAUCAAUGUGUCCUUCCUGUCAAAGAAUUCUAAACUCUGACAACACAAGGCCUUUCACUCCUCUGCAAAAUCCACGCUACUAUCCUCCUUACACACAUCCUUCAAUAGCAUGUUGAAUGUAUAGUGACUCAACAUAAUAGAUAAGGGAAAUCUAAUGUUAUCAAUGUAUAGUUUACUCAUCGAUCUAUAAAUCUAAUGUCAUUUAUGUAUAGUUUUCUAAUCGAUCUAUAAUUCUAUCUGACUGUACCAAUAGCACCUCCGGAUUUAUUGAGUUGCUGCAUCACUCCAAUGAAUGUUGAAUCUGAGUUAGAUAUUAAUGGGAUUUUUGGACAGGACCCACUUUCCUAAAUUCUGUAUAGUUGUAUAAAUACAUAUUUAUAUAUAAAUACAGUCAAUGAAUGUUCCCAAUUUCUUCUCUUGUCUA